UGAGGGCACUGGAAAAUUCUGGAAUGCUAUGAGGUCUCCGUGCUAUGGUGAGAAGUUUGGGCUUGGAGAUACUAUUGUUUGUGCAGUCAGUCUUGAAGAAAAGCCCUUGGCUUCCAUUUCUUUUUCCAAGAAUGGAAAGUGUUUGGGUACGGCGAUGAAGUUCAAUGCAGCCAUGGAUCCUGAAGUGAAGAAUUUUCAAUGGGAAUUUGCCUUUUUCCCUCAGCUUCUGUUGAAAAAUGUGGAAGUGGAGUUGCAGUUCAGUGUUGAAGAUGAACUUGUUCUUGAAGAUGGAUUUAAGCCUUGCCUGGCUGCUCUUAGGGAUGGAAAUGCUAUUGGGGGACCGGUUUUUGAUGAUCCAAAGGAUUGUGAAAUGAUGAUGAUGGUGGGUAUGCCUGCCUCAGGCAAAACAACUGGGGCAAAGAAAUGGGUGAAAGACCACCCAGAGAAGCGAUAUGUUUUCGUUGGUAUAAACAUGGUUUUUGACCAAAUGAAGGUUUGUGGUCAUUGCUUGAUGUGCACUUUUCUGUUCAUUAUUUCAUUUUUGUUGCUUGACAGAAAGCGUGACAGAUAUUGAAACUAUGUGCCGGUGCCAGGGCACUUGCAUAAGCAGGUAAAGGAGAGUGAUGAUGACCUAUAUCAUCUCGAACUUCUGCUAAUUAAAGCAUGUUAUAUCUUAGAUAGUCUUUCAUCCAGAGCAACCGUCAGAGCAGCCACCACUCCUCGCAAUUACAUUCUUGAUAGCACAUAUCUAAAGAAGGGUGAACGUCAGUAUGAACUUAGGUAGUUCAAUCUGUUCAAGAAGAUUGCUGUUGUGGUGUUUCCAAGCCCCGAAGAGGUGAAGGCUCGUUUGCUACAAAGAUUUGAUGAUUUGGGAUUUUUGGUACACGCUAAAAUAAUGAAUGAAUUGUUGGGUAAUGGUCGUUCCCUUCCCAAUUGUGUAUUUAUGAUUUUUUUUUUAUAUGUAUGUUCUAAUCCUGGAUUAUCUUUCUGCAGCCACUUUUGUUUUACCUGUCAG